AUGAAAGGUGGUGCUGUUGGUAGAAAUAUUGGUGGAAUUAAAAAUGAUCGGACUAAUAAUAACUUUUGUGUGGUUAAAAUAAAAUUGGGUUUACUAAAUAUAAGAUCGAUUGGCUCAAAGUACAACAUCAUUUAUGAUUUGAUCAGUGAUGGUUUGGAUAUUUUUGUUGUUACUGAAUCAUGGCAUGGUUCAUCAGAAAAUCCCUCCAUUGCGUUAUCUACUCCUCCUGGUUACCGCUUUGUAGAUUGUGUAAGAGAUAACGACCCUCUCCAUGGUGGAUUGAUAAUAUUUUUUCGUCUAUGUUUAAAAUGUAAAACAAUAGCCUUACCUAAAGUUACCACAUUUGAAGUUUUGGCGGUCAGGUUCACAGUUAAUAGUCAGGAGUUUAUUUUGCUCGCUAUUUACAGACCGGGUUCUGCACAGCUGUCCGGAUUAUUUUUUAAAGAACUGAUUUCUAUUCUGGAAAACAUUACAGUACUCAGUUCUCGAAUUAUUUUAACCGGGGACUUCAAUGUGCACGUUGAAAAGACGAAUGAUCCUUAUGCUGCUAAUUUAAAUGAAAUCUUCGAUAAUUUUCAACUCAUCAAUCGUGUAAAAGCACCAACACAUUUACGUGGUGGUACACUAGACUUGAUAGUAACCUCCGAGGAUUUUCCACAACAAUUCAAAGUGACAUCCAGCAUAUCAAAAUAA